AUGGCUACUGCUUCAGUCUCUACUCCUUUGAAGAGCCAGCGCAGCAUCUUCUCGACAAAGACUGCUGGUGGCCGUCUGCCGUUGACGCCGUCCCCUCGCACUAGAGCGGCGAGCAAUGCAUCAAUUGGCUCUUCUCCCUUUACGCCGUCUCGCGAGGUCGAAGACACUGGCCGGGGCAAUCAUCAAUCCGUCUACGGUGGAAACCUCUUUGGUAAAUCUGCAGGUACCAAGUCCCGUGGUUACCGCGAAUCGCCAAAGUCGAAUAUCGCGCGCACUCGCAAAUCACCAAAGCACUUGGAGCUUGGCAUCUCUGACUGGACCUUGACUGGUACUGGUCCCUCUAGUCACACGCCAUCUAAAGAGCGUGCCCGCAAAGAAGCUACCCGGCAACGGGCGUCUAAACAUGUCACGUCCAAGGCUGCUACGUCCAAGACAACUAUUCGCAUUCCUCACACCGCGGGCGACCGGUUCAUCCCCAACCGCACGGCAAGUGAAGGGCUGACAACUGCAGGAUCAGCCAAGCCUGAUGAUAGCCAGCGGCCUAGAACUGGUGGUAGCGAUGGAUCCGCAGUCCUGGCCAGCGCAGCUAGUGCAUUUGAGAUCGGCGCACGUGGCUCGGACGAUGACCUCACUGCUGCUCUCGACAACCUCGCGCUAGACGACAACGAAUCGGCAAGCACCUACUCACGACCGGCUCCUGAUGCUGUGGCCUACGAGUCCUCGUUGGCUGAUGCUUGCGGUGUCAAGUUCAACACACGUAUCCUGGCAUACAAGCCCCCUCCACCCGAGUCGUCCAAGCCCAUCGAUCUAAGGGCCCAGUACAACCGUCCCCUCAAGCCGAGCGCUGCUCAAUCUGCUCAGUCCCGCCGUCGUGUUCAAACUGCCCCCGACCGUGUCUUGGAUGCCCCUGGUCUUCUUGAUGACUACUACCUCAACCUGCUGGACUGGAGCUCUGGUAACCAAGUUGCAAUUGGAUUGGAGCGCAAUGUCUAUGUCUGGUCUGCCGAUAGUGGAACUGUUAACUGCCUUUUGGAGACAUCGCCCGAUACGUACGUCAGCAGUGUCAAAUGGAGCGGUGACGGAGCGUAUGUUGGUAUCGGACUGGGAACCGGCGAGGUCCAGAUCUGGGACGUUGAAGAGGGCACUAAAUUGCGGAGCAUGUACGGUCAUGAUACCCGUGUGGGAGUGAUGGGAUGGUCCAAGCACACUCUCUCGACUGGUGCCCGCAGCGGUCUUGUAUUCAAUCACGAUGUGCGCAUCGCCCAGCACAAGGUUGCUGAGCUCGUCUCUCAUACGUCUGAAGUUUGUGGUCUCGAAUGGCGCUCGGAUGGGGCGCAGCUGGCAACCGGCGGCAACGACAACCUCGUCAACAUCUGGGAUGCCCGCUCACUCAGUGCGCCCAAGUUUACCAAGACCAACCACCGUGCUGCCGUCAAGGCGCUUAGCUGGUGCCCCUGGCAGUUGAACCUGUUGGCUACUGGUGGUGGUUCCUACGAUCGUCACAUCCAUUUCUGGAACACCACCACCGGCGCUCGUACCAACAGCAUCGACACCGGCUCGCAAGUGACCAGUCUUCGCUGGAGCAACCACUACCGGGAAAUUGUCAGUUCCAGCGGCUUUCCUGACAACUCUCUCAGCAUCUGGAGCUACCCAACUCUUGUUCGCCAUGUUGAGAUUCCUGCUCACGAAACACGAGUGCUCCACAGCUCUUUGAGCCCAGACGGCCAGAUGCUCGCCACGGCGGCAGCCGAUGAGAGUUUGAAGUUCUGGAAGCUCUUUGAGCGCAAGCCUGGCACCGCAGCCUCUGCUUCGCGGGAAGGCGGUGUCGGUAGCAAGGCACAGAUGUCGAAGUCCAUGACUAUUCGAACAUCAUUGGGUCAUAGGUGCCAGGACUACGGGGAUCUAGAAGUUGCCGCAGCUGAGGAGGGCACGGUCUACGACCGUGUCAUCCACGAUGUAUGCGAGGCCUCGCAAGUCGACUUUGAGGAGGGAGGUGUCGACCAACAAACCCUGGAGGAGAUGAGAACGAGCAUGGCUCUCAUGUGUUCUUUUGGCGUCGUGGUGUGCAUCAUCCUCGGACGGGUGGCGAAAGCGGGGGUUGGGGGGAUCCGGCCUCCUUAUGGGGGACGCCGGUUCUUGAGUCAUUUUUAUACCCACCGCCAACCCCUGCCCGGUUCUGCCGCCAAUCACAGGCUCUGCACCGCCACCGCCCGCAUCCUCGUUGUUUCUAUGUUUAAUCAGAUGCUGAUUCCUCAACUCCAGUGCUGGCAACAGAAACUGUCGCAUCUCGCUGUCGCUCAUUUCCCCUGGGACCCUCCCCUGCAGCCGACUCCUCCGCCAGCACAACAGCACUCUGCAAACCAGAUACUUCCCCCCACGGCCACUGUCCCUUCCAACGCGCCGCGUCCGCCCCCUCCACAGCAGCAGCACCAGCCACCCCCGUCUACUCUUCCACCGCAGGCUGCCAUUCCUGGCCCUAUCGCCAACAAUGGCCCUACACACCCCAAUCUGGGCCCGACCAUAAAGACUGAACCCGGUCUCAAUGGACAGCACACACUCCCGCCGCCUGCCGGUACACCUCAAGGCCUAUCAAAUGCCCAGGCUACCGCUCGAGAGCGCGCCGCGAGCAAUCUGCAUUCCAAGUAUGGAGCCGCCGCCGCGGGCUCUGUGAGCCAAUUGCAAGCUCAGAGUCAGGCGGCAGCUCUGUCCCUACCAGGCCAGCAGCCACCUUCGAACGGACAACUCCCCGGCAAUGGUGUACAGGACGUCAAGCCGCCCCAGCCGCUACAAGGCAUCGCGCCACCGCAAAGGGCACCUUUCAACCCCGCACAGACAGACGGUGCUAGCGACCCUCUAGUGGAAUGGAAAACCGAAGUAGCCCGGAGACGCGAAGCUGCUCAGCGGAACAACGGCGAGGCCGACAGGUUGCUAUAUGAAAAAUUGAAAUUCGACUCCUUGCGACUUGAGGGCGGUGGCCUCAUGCUUCCUCUUGAUGAACACUCGACUAGCAACGGAGUCGGACGCGCAUUGAAACGCGAGCCCGGCUCCCUUGCGCAGUACGAUGGAGCUGAUGAAGAGGAGGAUGAGGACGCGAUCAAUUCCGAUCUUGACGAUCCCGAUGACCUCACCGCCGAAGACCCUGAUGGUGACGAUUCUGUCGGUCAGGUCAUGCUAUGCACGUAUGAUAAGGUGCAAAGGGUGAAAAACAAGUGGAAGUGCACCCUGAAAGACGGUAUACUUUCGACUGGCGGGAAAGAAUACGUCUUUCACAAAGGCCAGGGUGAAUUCGAGUGGUAG